AUGCGAAGAGCAGCCGAUCAGUGUCCUGCCGACAUCUUCUUUGCACCAUCAGGGAGCCCCUUGACUGUUCUCGAGUAUGCCGACGAUGUUGUUAUAUUCGCGGAAAGCAGUACGAAACAUCAACAUGCUGUUAACCUUGUAUCGAAGCUGGCUGCAGCUUAUGGACUACGUCUACGUCCUGAUAAAUACAAGCAGAUGUUGAUCUCUUCGAGACCUCGAACGGGAAUCAGGGUGGACGAACAACCGAUAGAACUCGUCAAUGAGUUCUGCUACCUGAGCUGGGUUAGGGAGAAGCUUGAUUGCACGCUUGAUUGCACGGAACGAAAGCUGCUUAGACGGCUACUUGCUACUUUUGGCCCGGGUUUGUUGAGCCGCGUGUACAAGUCUGAUUGCGUGUAUAAGCUUGCUCGUUGUUACUCUGCUUCUACUGAAUACAAUCGGCUAAAAUCGCUGCUGGCAUGUGUAUUAAUUCGUGUAAAUAUCAGAGAUGUGGCACUGGGACCUGUAGAUAUGUUCGAGGACGAAAAACGUGCGUUUGUAGUCGUUGCAGGAAGUAAUCGUCCUAUAAAUGGAGUAACUGUGCUCGCUGCUCCAAUUGAAGAUGACAAUUCAAAUGUUAUGUGA